AUGUCCAUCAGCGCACUUCUCGCCAUCGGAGAAGAAGUCACCGACGCCGAAGAGGGUCACCAGGAGAUCGCCACCGGCAAUCUAGGAUUCCUAGAUUCGCGUGCGACCACCGUCGACGUGACAAUCCAGGAUCAUGAAUACACCAUCCAUCAAUCUCCAGGAUUACUCUCCUCGUCUCGAGUCGGAGGAACCACUGGCGCCGUCCUCUGGAAAAUCACUCCACCCUUUGCGGAAUGGAUCUCUUCUCCAACCAAUCCGCUAUGGACAAAUUCCAUCCUCACUGCAGACUCUGUCGUCGCUGAACUAGGAUGCGGCAUCUCAGCCUUACUGCCCCUCUCUCUAGCACCAUCAAUACAACACUAUGUCGCCACAGACCAAGAAUACGUGCGCCGGUUCUUCCGUACAAACCUCGACGAGAACGCAUCUGUAAAUGCUACCGGCCAGUCAAAGCAGAAGACCGGAAGGUCAAAAGGGAGUAGUAAAAAGAAGCCUGCCUCAAAAACAUCAGCUACAGUUGUACCUUCAAGCUCGAACAUUACCUUUACGACACUAGACUGGGAGACUGAUCAGCCCAGUUUAUUAAAGGAGUGUAUCGAUCCUGAUUCGCGUCAGGAAAUGGAUCCAGAAGAUAAAGGCUUCGACCUUCUUCUUUCUUGUGAUUGUAUUUAUAAUGAAGCGCUCGUCUCGCCGUUUGUGCGUACCUGCGCUGAGAUUUGUCGGUUACGACCUGCGUAUAACCCGGAUUCGGAGGAGUCGGCUCGUCGGCCGACGGUCUGUAUUGUUGCGCAGAUGCAGCGGAAUCCGGAGGUGUUUGACACUUGGUUAAGGGAGACGUUGAAGGAAUUUCGGGUUUGGAGGAUUAGUGAUGAGGUGCUAGGGGAUGGGUUGAAGGGUGGAUCGGGGUAUUUGGUGCAUUUGAUAAUGGCUAGAGAGAGGUGA